CAGGAGGGGAUCAGCAGCUGCAGCACAGAUUCUUCUUCUGCUGGAGACGCUGGAUUGAAGAAGGAGCCUGAGGUCCCUGGUGGAGAAGGGGAGGCGAGGAGGAGGAAAUUUCUCUUGGACUCUAAGCUGUCAAACCAGAAAGCCAAACCAUGUCGCAGGUCAUACAGAACCAUGUGCUGCGUGUUGGACAGACCGUGUGUGUUUCCUCACAGGAGGAAAGCAAGAGCUUCCCCCCCGGGGGGUACCCGGGCUGCUCCACGCUGCCCCUGCCCUAUGGAUACUACUCUGCAGAGGGCUGGGCUGGCCCCCCAGCCAUGGUGCACCCAGGGGGGGGGCUGUAUGCACCCCACCCUGUGUUGGAGCACAUGGCUGCUCCCACCCAGGGGAAGGGGCAGCAGGACCCCCCUUUGGAGAGACGCGCUGCCCUGGGUCAGCUGAAGCAGGAGGAGGACACGGGUGGGGAUCCCGAGGCUCACCUGGUGUCUCCUACCUUGGACAUAUCAAUAGAGAGUCUCAACCAGCUGAUCCUAGAAAUUGAUCCGACCUUUCAGCCGCUCACCUGCAAGCCAGGGAAGGAUGUGGGCCAACUUGCUGCUCAGCAUGAUGCUGCUGCCACCAAGAAACAAGAUCCAGAAGCAAUGGACAUUAAAUACAUUGAGAUGACACCAGGCAGAGCCACAUGUCCUGAGCUGCUGCCGGGCUCCCCCAGCCCUUUGGGAACACCCUUCUCCAGGUCCCUGCAGAGCAACAGCUUCCUGCCCCAAAAAGGGGGACUCGGAGGCAACUACAGCACCGGUGGCAGCGUGGUUUUCUCGAGCCCUCCCAGACCCACCAGCCCCCACCCGAGUACCCCAACCUGCAGCACAGCAUCCGAGCGCGUGGCUGAGCCCCCUGCCCACACCGGCAGCACCUCCUCUGGCCCUGGGGCUCUCGGGACCUCCCCGGCCUUUGACAACUUGCUGAAGCCUGUGCAGGUGGUGAGGGCCCAGCAGAGGAGCAGCUGGGUGUCUCAGCUCUCCACCAGCCCUGGCUCAGACACCAGUUACAUCCUUGGAAGCAGCACCCACUCGCUCCACAAUGAGGACUCGGACGCUCUCCCCACUGCCGGCGGCUCCACCGACUGCCCGUCCCCUGCCAGCUCCCUGGGCAGCCCCUGCCCACCUUCCCCCAGCAUCAGGUCUCACUCUGGAGAAGCUUUUGGCCAGAGUCCCCACCAGCCCAGGACAGCCUGCUCCAUCAAAGCCAACACCUCCCUGCCCCAGAAGGGACAGGCCAGCAGCUGCCCCCCCUCCAUCCUUAACUCCACAGCUGACAUCCCAGUGCUGCUGGUGAAUGGGUGCCUGGAACAAGGAGAUGCACAUUCCAGGCUGGCCAAGCCCCCCCCAGCCUCUGCCAAGCAGAGCCCCCCUCCCAGCUGCAGCCCAACCCUGAGGCUCGGUGGCCUGAACAACGCGCUGUCGGCACCAGCGCUCUCCUGUGUCCCAGACAGUUCCCCCCGGGCUGGGCAGCCGACCAUGAAGUUUGUGAUGGACACAUCCAAGUACUGGUUUAAGCCGAGCAUCACCAGGGACAGAGCAAUCCAGCUGCUGAGGGCCAAGGAGCCGGGCGCCUUCGUGGUGCGGGACAGCACGUCGUACCGGGGGUCGUUCGGGCUGGCCAUGAAGGUCCCUCCUGCCUCCCCAUCUGGCAGCCAGACAGGCGAUGAGGGCAGUGAGCUCGUCCGGCACUUCCUGAUCGAGUCCUCCGCCAAAGGGGUGCGCCUGAAGGGAGCCAGCGAGGAGCUGUAUUUUGGGAGCCUCUCUGCCUUCGUGUACCAGCACGCCAUCACCCCGCUGGCGCUGCCCUGCAGGCUCAGCAUCCCCACCCGAGAUCUUGCUGAUGGAGAGGACAGCCCUGACUGCGUGCCAGAAUCCACGCUGUCCCUGCUGAAGAAAACUGCUGUCUGCAACGUCCUCUACCUCAACUCUGUGAACGUGGAGACACUCACGGGAAGUCUAGCUGUCCAGAAAGCCAUCUCCUCCACCUUCGAGCUAGAGGUGCUGCCCACACCCACCCUGGUGCACUUCAAAGUGACGGAGCAGGGGGUGACGCUGACAGACGUCCAGAGGAAGGUGUUCUUCAGGCGUCACUACCCCUUGGCUGCCAUCAGGUUCUGUGGGAUGGACCCUGAGAACAGAAAGUGGCAGAAGUACUGCAAGUCCUCGAGGAUCUUUGGGUUGGUGGCCAAAAGCCAGACAGAUUUGGAGAACCUCUGCCACCUGUUUGCAGAGUAUGACACUGUGCAGCCAGCGUCACUUGUCAUCGACUCUCUCUGCAAGCUCCGGGCGGGCCCGUAGAGGACAGAAACCCCAGGACAGCUCAGGGCUGGCAGCUCCCACAGGCUGCUGAGCUUCUGCUCACCUCCUGCUUCUGGGUUGCGUUUUGGCAACAGCUCAUAUUUAUAUUUUUUUGUUACGCACUGUCACAUCAAGAGUCUCAGUUAAAGAUUUUCAUGCUCUGGUGGGAGGAGGUUCUGCAGAGACUCUGUGGGGCAGCCUGGGCUGGCUGCCCAGGGGAGCUGUGCCAGGCUGGGAGCAGAGCUGUGCCAAGAUGCUGCCUCUCCCCCAGCACUCACCCUUUGCUUCCCUCUGGAGAAUGGGAACACUCUGGCUGAGAUUCCUACUAGCAGUGGAGGAUGCCUGUGCUCAGGGUGUCCAAGCCAGGAUGUGUUUAGUGGAGCUGAGCUCCCACGUUUGGGGACUCCCCAGUGCCAUGGGAGGGGAGGUCUGGUGCAGGCAGGGGGGACUUGCCUUCCUGGUGGCAGACCACCCUCAGGAGGCAGUUUUGCAAAUCAAAGUAUACAAAACCACUAGGCCCUGCUGAAAAACCCUGCUUCUCUUCAAGAGCAACAUGCCUGUAAAGGCAGAAAUGUCAGGUCAGUGUGGUUGUGCCUGGUGCUGGGAAAUUCUCCUGCCCUUUUUUGCAGAGCAGGGUUAUGGGCCAGCUCCCCCCCCAGGCAUUGCAGCAAGCUAAGAAA